AUGGAGAGGAUAAGAAAAGAGAUGAUUCUGAUGGAAAGAGGGCUGCACAGUCCCGUGUCAGGCAAGAGACACCCGAACCUCUCUGAGUCAAACGGAAACGCCGUGCUCGAGGCCCUCGAAAAUUCUCAGCAUGCGGGGCGACUGAGCCCGAGAAUCACUUCCGCUUCGCUACACGCUAGCCUGAACGACGUACCCAGCAAAGGCAAAUUUGAAAUAGACAGCUUAUUCGGAAACCACCACGCCAGCGACAACAGUUCUUCGGCGGAAAUCUCGUCCUCGGAAAACAGGAAGAAAUCAAGUCUGUAUCCUGAAGUUUCUACAGACUCCGAAAUGAAUAGCGAUGUGGAAGUGGGAUGCCCAUCACAUCGCUCCCCAAGCAGUGUCAGCCAACACAAGGAAAACAAUAAUAAAGGUUUCUCAGAUAGCAACUCGGGGACCUCGAGCUCUAGUUCGUCUAUCUCCAAUCAUAACGGAAACUCCAUCGGCAGCUCGACCAACUCAAAUGCAGACCAAGUGCGACGAUACCGGACUGCUUUUACCAGGGAACAAAUCGGGAGACUGGAAAAAGAAUUUUACAGGGAAAACUACGUUUCAAGGCCCAGGAGAUGUGAGCUAGCUGCAGCGUUAAACCUACCUGAAACAACGAUAAAGGUGUGGUUCCAGAACCGGCGAAUGAAGGACAAGAGGCAGCGCCUAGCCAUGUCCUGGCCACAUCCGGCCGAUCCCAGUUUCUACACUUAUAUGAUGACGCACGCAGCCGCCACCGGAAGUCUGCCGUACCCGUUCCAUUCUCACAUGCCCCUGCACUACUACCCGCACGUGGGAGUCACGGCCGCGGCCGCUGCUGCUGCGGCCUCGGGGGCCGCAUCAUCACCAUUCGCCACCUCCAUCAGGCCCCUUGACACCUUCCGAGCGCUCUCCCAUCCGUAUUCGCGUCCAGAGCUGCUCUGCAGCUUUCGCCAUCCCGGACUGUACCAGUCGCCGGCGGGCCUCAACAGUUCGGCUGCAGCAGCGGCUGCAGCGGCUGCGGCGGCGGUGAGCGCACCAUCGGCAAGUGCUUGCUCGUGUCUCAGCUGCCACAGCGGCGGCGCGCUCAGUUCUCGCAGCGCAGGCUCGGACUUCACAUGCACGGCGAGCGCGCCCAGGUCCGAAAGCGGAUUUCUACCCUAUUCGGCUGCUGUACUAAGCAAAACAGCCGUGCCCUCGCCAGAUCAGAGAGAGGAAAGCGCCCUAAAUAGAUAA